UCUUUCAGUGGUAUUCAUAUGUCUGAAGAAAAGUUCCCAAAAUUACAAAUACACCCUUCCCUCUUAAGAAAAAAAAGAAAAGAUCCCAUGCAAACCAUGGCACCCAAAACCGUACGCCCUCAUCUCCAUCUCUCUCUCCUUCUCAGCUUUUUCUUCCUCUUCUUCUCUCCCACGCUUUCAUCAUCCACAUCAGAAUUCAAAGCUAUCUACAAAGAUCCUACGGCUCCGAUCGAAGAUCGAAUCUCCGACCUCCUCUCUCAGAUGACAAUGCCUGAAAAGAUCGGCCAGAUGGCCCAGAUUGAUCGUUCCGUCGCUUCCAACGACGUCCUACGUGAUCUUUUCAUCGGGAGUGUGUUGAAUGGUGGAGGAAGCGUACCGGCCCCCAACGCUACUCCGUCGAUGUGGGCGGAUAUGAUCGACGACUUCCAGAAAUCGGCCAUGUCAUCAAGGCUCGGAAUUCCGAUGAUCUACGGUACAGAUGCAGUCCACGGGCAUAACAAUGUUUUGGGGGCCACCAUCUUUCCACAUAACAUUGGCCUCGGAGCUGCAAGAGACGAGGAUUUGAUGGUGAGAAUUGGAAGGGCCACUGCGUUGGAGGUUCGAGGGACGGGAAUACCAUACGCUUUCGCUCCCUGUUUGGCUGUAUGUCGAGAUCCAAGGUGGGGCCGAUGUUACGAAAGCUACAGUGAAGAUACAGAGAUUGUCCGAAGCAUGGCCCAGAUCAUCAAAGGAUUACAGGGUUCUCCACCCCAAGAUCACCCAACAGGCUACCCUUUUGUAGCCCAAGGGGGCAAGAGCGUGGUCGGAUGCGCCAAGCACUUCACGGGCGACGGUGGGACCCAAGGAGGGGUGAAUGAGAACAAUACCAUCGCGACAUAUAAGGAACUGUACAGUGUCCACAUCCGGCCGUACAUCGAUGCCAUACGUAUGGGCGUAUCUACGAUCAUGAUCUCCUACUCGAGCUGGAACGGUAUCAAGAUGCACGCCAAUGCGUACCUCCUCACUAGGGUCCUCAAAGAAGAGAUGGGCUUCCAGGGAUUGCUGAUCUCAGAUUGGGAGGGCGUCGAUCGGAUCGCGAGUCCUGCUGGAUCGAACUACGAGGAGUGCUUGAUGGCUGCGAUCAACGCGGGCAUAGACAUGAUCAUGAUCCCGAAAGAUUAUCAACGGUUCAUCACGGAUCUGACGGACCUGGUUUCGUCUGGCAAGGUCUCAACUGCCAGGAUCGACGAUGCCGUCAGGAGGAUCUUGAGGGUCAAGUUUGCAUCAGGGCUGUUCGAGCAGCCGAUGGCCGAUCGAUCACUCCUCCACAUGGUGGGACAUGAGGAGCACAGAGAAUUGGCUAGAGAAGCAGUACGGAAGAGCCUUGUUCUGUUGAAGAAUGGUAAGAAGAAGAAGGAAAGGAUGCUGCCAUUGAGCAAGAGGGCCCGCAGAAUUCUCGUCGCUGGGACCCACGCGAACGACAUCGGCUACCAGUCUGGCGGGUGGACCAUCACUUGGGAAGGUGGCCAAGGAAACACCACCACUGGGACGACGAUCCUGGGAGGGAUCAAGAAUGCAGUCAGCAAGAGGGCCCAAGUGGUCUUCGAGGAGAAGCCGGGCCCACAUUUCUUCGAGUCCAACGGUAACUUCUCAUACGCGAUCGUGGCCGUCGGUGAGGUCCCUUACGCGGAGACCCAGGGUGAUAAUUCAGAGCUGACAGUCCAGCUUGGUGGUGUGGAAACAAUCCAGACCGUAUGCCGCAACGUGAAAUGCGUGGUGAUCAUAGUGUCGGGUAGGCCGCUGGUCAUAGAGCCGUAUGUGGAUGCGAUGGACGCACUGAUUACUGCAUGGCUGCCGGGGAGCGAGGCUGGCAAGGGGAUUGCCGACGUUAUCUUUGGUGACUAUGAUUUCAGUGGGAAGUUGCCGAGGACAUGGUUCCGCCGGGUGGACCAGCUGCCGAUGAACGUUGGGGACCCGCAUUAUGACCCAUUGUACCCGUUCGGGUUUGGGCUCCGUAUGGGUGUUCGGCCACGCAAGCAAACGGGCAUUCUUUCAUCAUCAUCAUCAUCAUCACCAUCUUCAUCUUCUUCUUUGUGAUUUGUUACGUUGUGAUCAAUGCAUGGAGUUUCACACGUGGACAUAUAUAUAUAUAUAUAUAUAUAUAUAUAGAGAGAGAGAGAGAGAGAGAGAGAGAGAGAGAGAGAGAGAGAGAGAGAGAGAGACAUGUAUACAUGCACAUUGGUACAAAAAUAUAUGCACUGGGCUAUCAAUUGCUCAGAUCGUCUGUUGGGCUUUUGAGCCGUGUUUGGUAUCGUGUAGAAGGCCCAAGGACUGGGCUCAAACCUUAAAUUCAAGAUCAUCUAUUAAUCGGGCCUUGCCCAAGCCUUAAAUUCGGGUUCUGUUCUUGGAAUAAUUCAAGGAUUGGAGAUGUGAACCGUAUGAUGUACACUAAUUUGUGAAUGGAUCGGGUCGUGGAGUACUUGCACCCGGGCUUAUUAGGUUCUUAGGUUCGGGGCUUGUUUUUAUGACACAGACAUGGGUCUGAUUGGGUCUGGGCAUCCAUCAGGUCUUUGGACCUUAGUUUCGAGUUGGAUUCAUGUAAAAUAAGAUCAUUUAAAUGGUUGGGGCCAA